CCUAUCUUGGCAACAGAAGAUGAGUCUAUGCAUGCGUACACUUCGGGUAGAUGGAUUUAUAACGAGCCGCUAAGGAUUGCUGAAAGAUAUCUGAAAUUCGAUGUCCCAGCACUUAAGUCAGCCAUCGCAGCAUCAAGUGGACAAAGCCCCUCUGAUGUGACUUCAUUCGUUAAGCUUGCUGAAGGAGGGUUUAAUCGUGUGUUUGAAGCGACACUGAACGAUGGUAGGCGGGUCCUAGCCCGACUUCCAUAUCCUUCUACCGUUCCAAAACAUCACGGAACCGCAAGCGAAGUCGCUACGAUGGAAUUUCUACGCCUUCACAACAUUCCCGUCCCACGGGUGCAUGGGUGGUCUUCGACUGCUGAGAACGCGGUGGGAGCCGAAUACAUCGUCAUGGAGAAAAUUGAAGGCGUUGCUCUCAGCGAAAUCUGGCCCGACCUAGGACUCAAGCAGAGGGCGCAGAUCAUCAAGCAAGUUGUGCAUCUGGAAAAACGACUGUUCUCUCUUCAGCUUCCAGCAAGUGGUAGUAUCUACUUCCCAGACGAUCUGACUCCAGACGAAAGAUCAAAGGCUGCAAUGCUUCCUGUUCAAGGAGAGAAGAAGUUUUGCGUUGGCCCUACUGCACACUAUAGUUGGUGGCAUGGGCAACGAAGCUCUAUGGCUUUCAAUCGAGGUCCUUGGACGUCCUCACCCGAAGUAUUCCGAGAUGUUGGCAAGAGAGAGCUUGCUUGGACGAAAAUAUUUGCCAAACCACGUCUUCAUUACGAUCUUCUUUAUCGUGAGAUCCAUGGAUUCAAGAAAAUGUCACCGGAGCCUCACAUUGAAGGGCUCAAGAAAUAUUUAGAGAUGUCGAAAUGCCUAGGCUACCCUGUGGAAAGCUAUCUCAGUCGGCCCGUUCUACGACAUCCAGACCUUUCUAUGAAUAACAUUCGUGUCUCCGAGUCUCUAGACGUCGUCGGCCUUAUCGACUGGCAACAUGCUUCAAUCCUUCCGCUUUGUCUCGUUGCAGGCAUACCGAGCGAUUUUCAGAACUAUGGUGAUCCAGAAUCUGAGCGAAUGACACGUCCAGCUACAGAUCUGCCAGCGGAGUACGAAUCCGUGGACACAAUUCAACAAGCGCGCAUGAAGAUUCAACACGCUAGAAAAUGGACACACUUCUUCUAUGCCGGGCUUACGAUGAGAGACCAUGAAGAGCAUUUCAAUGCCAUUUCUACCAAAGGUGUGACUCUUCAUCAGCGUUUGUAUAAGAGCGCAGGAACGCCUUGGGAGGGCGACUCUAUCACGCUGCAGGGAGACAUGAUCAAUGCGAUUCAGCAGUGGCAACAGAUCGUGUCAUCUGGCGCUAUAGCUGCUCAAAACUGUCCCAACCCUCCAAUUAGCUACUCCGAUGAUGAGACUCGGUCCAUCAUGGAUCUUCACCAGCAGCAACUAGAUAUGGACACCAUGAUUGAGGAGAUGAGGGACGCCCUCGGCGUUGAUGUUAUGGGGUGGGUACCCUCAGACGAGAGGUGGCAGGCCUCCAAAGCACUCGCCCAGUCGAUCAAAAGCCAGAUGAUGGCCGCGGUGGAAAACGAUGCGGAGAGGGAUGGGAUCAGGGAUCACUUCCCGUUUGAUAAUCACAGCGAAGACGAAUAAGCUACACUCUGCAAGUGCACAAGGUGGGCUACUCUAGAAUCAAGAAGCUUGUAUAGUAGUGUAUCAAAACAUGUCAAACACCCGG